AUGAGCGUCGCCGGCUGCAUUCCACGUCUGGUAGACGUUUCUCAACAGCCGAUCCUACAUGUCGAAGCCCGGGUUAAGAACAGCGGUGAUGGCAUUAUCGUCCGCACUGAUCUGAUUAGAGAUGAAGUUACACAAUGGCUUAUUGACAAUUUUGUCGUAUUGUCCCUUGGACAGACGAUUUCUUCAUUCGGAGGCUUAAGCGAGCCACAUGCCCAAGCCCUGGAUUCUAUACUUGUUGCCGAGUGUAGUGGAGGUAAUCUGGAUUCCGGAGCAUAUCGACUCCAGCAGGUUCAGUUGGAUGUUCAAGCUUACCAACUCGGCACUCAAUCCGAGCAGCAAAGCUCUCAAAAUACCCAGACACUCGAUGAACCAGAAACUGGGGAUGAUGUACCCAGGGCAAGAACACUCGCUUUACCGAGUAAAGAUCUGGACGGACUAUGGGAAUCACUGGAGUUCGACCAGCCAAUUCAGUCGGCGCUUCUUUCCGCUAUCAGUCGAAUGGUCUCAUUUUCUGCUCGAAGACUGAGUAGAUGGACCAUCAAUUGGAAUAGAUUGAUCCUCAUAUGGGGACCGCCAGGAACAGGAAAGACGAGUUUUUGUCGCGGCCUCGCCCAAAAGCUUGCAAUACGCCUUGGAAAGCAUUAUCCCCAGAGCAAGUUGUUCGAAAUUAACGCGCAUUCUCUAGGAAGCAAGUUUUUCGGUGAGAGCGGCAAGCUGGUGAACCGAAUGUUCGAGAGCAUAGAGCUUCUUCUUGAGGCGGAAGAGGAUACAUUCGUCUGCGUUUUUAUGGACGAGAUAGAGACAUUGGCUGCUCGGAGAGACAGAGCUUUGAGUGGCAAUGAGCCCUUCGAUGCUAUUCGGGCGGUCGAUGCUUUACUUACAGGCCUGGAUAAGCUGAAGGAGCACCCAAAUGUUAUUGUUGCCUGUACAAGCAACUUGGUCACAGCGCUGGACCAAGCUUUCCUCGAUCGAGUGGAUAUUAAGCAAUACAUACCUAAGCUGUCUAGCAGACCGAUCUACAAGAUUUAUAAAGAUUGCCUAGAGGAAUUGGGUCGACAUGGCAUCAUCGAGGGUGUCUCCUUUGACGUGGUCCAAGUUGCUCCGAACGAUCCCCAGACGGCUUUGCAGUAUGUGGAGCAGCCCGCGGAACAGCUCAUCUUACCGACAUUCGAUGAAAUGCUGCUGCAUUAUAAGAUGUUCCCGGAAGCCAUACCCAAGCUGCUUGCUGAUGCGGUUUUUGAGAGUAUUGGGCUUAGCGGCCGCACCGUGCGACGACUACCCGCUCUGUCUCUGGUAUUAUAUAGUAACCGUGCCCGAUGUGAUAUCCGGACGGCUAUUCAGGCGCUGCGGACAGGCAUAGCGUCGGAAUGUCAGACUAUGGCGGAGGCGAUGAUGGCCGAUGAGCACUCGGGAACAGCAGCGCCCAAUGGCCAAUGAGAGUGGGAGGAUUGAUUACUGGGUACUCGGCUCUGCGUGGAGGAACGGGGGUGAGGGAUGGGGAGGGAUCAGUAGUGGUCUCUGUGGGGAUAAUCCGAGAGGCAUUGAAGACCGUUGAAGCUCCCUGCAAGCUCCUCCGUAGAGUAGUUG